UAACCAGCCUGUGCCAGAUUUACGAGUCAGAUCAGUGUCAGAGUCAGAGUCAGAGUCAGAGUCAGCCGCCCGCUGUGGUCCUCGUGACCCUUGUGACCCCUUAGGUUCCUGCGCUCGCUGGCGCGCUCCCUGCCCCUCUACAUGACCCUGGCAUGGGUCUACUCGGUGGCCAUGUUUGUCAAGGGCAUGGUGCAGGAGAAGGAGGCCCGGCUGAAGGAGACGGUGAGGAUGAUGGGUCUGAGGAGCGCCACCUACUGGAUGAGCUGGGUAAUCAGCAGUGUCAUCCCGCUCAGCAUCAGCGCCCUGCUCCUCACCCUCAUUCUCAAGGUGAUUCCCAGGCUGAUUCUCGCUGAUUCACUGCAAUGAUAUGUAUCAGUGAUUCACUUCACUGAUUCACUUCACUGAUUCACUUCGCUG